UCAGUCAAAGACGGCCGAGCUAAACAUUAUAGAUAUCAUGAUCUCUGUUUACUCUGUCCUGUAUACUCUGGUGCUGUUCUCUGAACUGAGCAGCCACUCGGUCAGCGUCGCCAUGCCUGCAUCUAAAGUAGAAGACGGCGUACCGGAGCAAGAUGGCUUCUUCCUGGGGGGUGAGACCAUGACUGACCUCGUGCUGGACAACGACAUGAGGGAUGAAGAUGGGAGCCCGAAAAUCAUCAUCGUCUCAGACAUGGGGCUGAAAGGACACAGUAUCCGUGGGCUGAACCGGGCUGCCAGCUGGAGCCUUCCUCUGCUCACGGACCGAAGCUUGAGCUACACUCCGGCUGAGCACAGUUUGAAAAUUGAACGCAGAAACACCGACAUCGAUAUGUUGCGGUGUAUGAUAGGAAGAGUGUACCGACCCUGCUGGCAGGUAUAAAUGUUUCCCUGCCAUCCAGCCCCGAAUGUGCUGUAAAAAAAUUCUUCCUUACAGACCUUUUUACAGCCGACAUGAAAAAAUGUGUGUGCGUGUUAACAACGGAAGUGUCGUUUUGCCCGAGCCACCCAGACGAUUAGCACGCUUUAAACAUUCAAUUAAAACCGUUAGCAGCUUCAAAAUGUCCGGUUGUUACGUGUUGGGUUGUCAGAAUGGCGCCCAUUUUAGAUUCUGAGUCUGUCACAGUAUUUUACAUUCUGUAUGUAUAGUUGUAAGCAUCUAGUGACUUGUAUGCCCUUAAUUUCUCACUGGUGCAACAUUACACGCUAGGUUUCUACCCUAAAUACAUGUCUAUGUCUGGCCACUAGCUAAUGUAUUGUACCCACUUACUAAUAGCAUACAGAUCUGGAAAGUCCACCUUUUUAGGUUGCAUUAGCCGUCUUUGCUGGUUAAUGCCCCUGCAAAGCUUGACAAGCAAUUGCAGUCUGCCGUACUUCAGUUGCCAAACUGGGUGCUCACAAUGACGUCAUCAUUAUUUACAAAUUGUAAAAGGGCCCAUAUGUGUGUUACACUGAAAUGCAUUUCCUUGUUGAAAAUGAGAGAUCACAAACAUGUAAAACAAAAUAAAAGUUUAUUAAAAUUGAAAA